AUGAAGCCUACCCAAAAAUGUACACUGCGAAAAGCCGAACUUCCAGAGUUGGAAAUGAAACUUUAUAGGUGGUUCCUUGCACAACGCGAAAAGAACAUGCCAGUAUCUGGAGAUAUGAUUAAACAAAAGUUUAUCCGCGGCAAUGAGCAAGCGAUGCGGAUGGCUUCAACGGUUCAAAGAACGUUACGGGGCAAGGAUGCUAAAGAACAAUGGCGGAAGCUAAGAGAGUGUCAUCGUGAAGCUAUCCGAAGGCAACAAAAGAAAAGUGGACAACAAACAACCACUACGAAACCAUGGACCUAUCAAAAACAAAUGGAGUUUUUAAAACCAUACAUGAAAAACAGACUCAUUGCUGGAUGA